CCACGGCACAGUCGCUUUUGGCCAGCAGAAAGACAGGGUCGCUUGGAAAAAGCGUUAAGGAUACACAAAACCAAAAACCACCUCAGGCGUUUAUAGGAAACAGCAAAAGCCAUGGCAAUGAGAGCGCUCGUCAUAGUGGCCUGCAUCACUUUGGUGGCCGGCGAAGGUCUACGGCUUCCGGACCAGCAGUCGUCCAACAACAUCCAGCAGGUCUAUGCGCCGCAGCCCCCCAUCCAGCAAAUCCAGCAGCCCCAGCAGAUCCCACAGCAACCGCAGCCAGGAGUUGGCGAGGAGCGGGGACGCUCCUCCCUGCUGAGCAUCUUCGGGCUGGGCAACGACAACGAUCCCUACCUUGCCAGGACCAACACCAACUGCCUCGGCGGCGACCUCUCCGAGUGCUUCAAGACCCAGGCCCUCAACACCUUCGACGAGAUCUUCUUCAAGGACCAGUACAAGCUCUCCGACUUUGCGCGCGUGGUGCGAUUGCCGGAAACCCAACAGAGGUCCUUGCUGCAGGAGCCCUUUGAGUACUCCGAGGAGCCACGUGGAGACGAUGACUCGUGGAAUCAGCUUCUGAAAUAUGGACUGCGAAGGGCCGAACGCUUCAUCAAGUCCACGGCUCUGGAGGUCGAGUGGCCCGAGGAACUCACUGAAGCCGGUCGUUAUGAGGCCCGUUUCAUCGGAAACGACAUUGAUGGCGAACUGGACCUUAUUGAUGAUGGACAGCGUGCUGGACAUUUCUCGCGCAAGAAGCUUAAGAAGAUGAUCAUUCCCCUGCUGCUCGUGCUGAAGAUCUUCAAGCUGAAGCUGCUGCUGUUCCUGCCCUUCAUCCUGGGCAUUGCUGGCCUCAAGAAGAUCCUUGGUCUGGCUGCUAUUGUCCUGCCCGGUCUAUUCGCCUACUUCAAGCUGUGCCGCCCACCAGGUGGCGUCGGAGGGGCCUUCGGCGGCGGGCUGUCCAGCCUGUUCGGCAGCAAGAACACCUUCCCUGAAUACAAUCCCCAGGGAGUGGGUGCCGCCACCUAUUACCACCACCACGAGCAUUUCGAGGGCGGCCACGGAGGCGCUCCAGGACCCUACUACCGCCAGGAGCCUAGCUUCGCCAAGCCCUACACCGACUACUACAGCAAGAGCUUCCAGGGUCAGCAGGUCCAGGGUCAGCAGGUCGCCGGCAACUCCGUCAGCUUCGGGGAUCCCCAGGAGGCGGCCUACAAUGGAUACUACGGACGCAACUCCGGCAAGGACAUUGCCGCCGAGCAACAGCCCCAGAAGAGCUAACUUCGAGGACUUCGACCGUCGCCACGUUGUUAUUUAUUCGGCCCCGGCCUUGUUGCAUUCCUAUAAGAAUAUUUAUUACGCUAAUUGUAAAUAAAACAAAAUUUAAAACGAA